CGCGUCGCGACGAUGACGUCAUCACCUGCGCGCUCACAACAGUCAGCUUCAAGUCUCGUGAGGAAAGCAGUUCGCAGUACUCCGCGUGUUUUACAUUGUAAAGCAAACUUAACAGUUUAUUUAAGCAACAUUCAAAGAGCUCCUCCUACAAGUCACACCUACAGUGAAGAUCCUCCUACAACAGUCACGCCUGCAGUGAAGCUCCUCCUACAACAGUCACGCCUGCAGUGAAGCUCCUCCUACAACAGUCACGCCUGCAGUGAAGCUCCUCCUACAACAGUCACGCCUGCAGUGAAGCUCCUCCCACAACAGUCACGCCUGCAGUGAAGCUCCUCCCACAACAGUCACGCCUGCAGUGAAGCUCCUCCCACAACAGUCACACCUGCAGUGAAGCUCAUCCUACAACAGACACGCAUGCAGUGAAGUUCCUCCUACAACAGUCACACCUGCAGUGAAGCUCCUCCCACAAAAGUCACACCUGCAGUGAAGCUCUUCCCACAACAGUCACACCUGCAGUGAAGCUCCUCCCACAACAGUCACACCUGCAAUGAAGGUCCUCCUACAACAGUCUCACCUGCAGUGAAGCUCCUCCCACAACAGUCACACCUGCAAUGAAGGUCCUCCCACAAAAGUCACACCUGCAGUGAAGCUCCUCCCACAACAGUCACAACUGCAGUGAAGCUCCUCCCACAAAAGUGACACCUGCAGUGAAGCUCAUCCUACAACAAUCACACCUGCAGUGAAGCUCCUCCUAAAACAGUCUCACCUGCAGUGAAGCUCCUCCUACAACAGUCUCACCUGCAGUGAAGCUCCUCCUACAGUGAAGCUCCUCCUACAACAGUCACACCCCCUACUACCAUCACACCUUCAGUGAAGCUCCUCCCACAAGUCACACCUGCAGUGAAGUUCCUCCCACAACUAGCACACCUUCAGUGAAGCUCCUCCCACUAUAGUUCAUCAAUAAAUGCUGGAAUAUUCCCAUCAGUCUACAAGUGAAGAGGAGCAUCAAAGCAUCAGGAAGAAGUGAAAUCUUCAGAGACAGAGUUUAUUGAAGAACAGAGAGAACAUGAGAGAUCCAGAACCCUGCAGAAUGAACCACACUGAAGAACAAACAGAGUUGACCGAAGAAAAUAAGAAGGAUGGAGAAAUGCCUGAAGACGAGGAAAAAUAUCAUGUCAAAACAGGAGAAAAACCUUUAGAUCGCUUUCAAAUCAAACAGAAAGAUUUAAAGCAAAUAAGAGACAAGAAAUCAUUCACCUGCCCUCAGUGUGGAGAGAGCUUGACAAAUGAACAGAGUCUCCAGAUUCACAUGAGAGUUCAUGCAGGAGAGAAAUUGUUCACAUGUAAUCAAUGUGGAAAUUUUUUUUUGUGGGCUUCAGCCCUGAAGAGUCACCUGAAAGUUCAUUCAAAGGAGAAACCACAUUCAUGUCCUAUAUGUGGAAAUAGUUUUUCACUACUGAAUAAUUUAAAAGCUCAUCAGAAAAUACACACUGGUGUGAGAGAUUAUAUGUGCUUUGAGUGUGAGAAGACUUUUAUUACAGCUUCACAUUUGAAACGACACCAGAGGAUUCACACUGGAGAGAAACCUUACAAGUGUUCACACUGCGACAAGAGAUUCAGUCAGACAGGAGACCUGAAAACACAUGAGAGGAUUCACACUGGAGAGAGACCUUACAUGUGUAAUCAGUGUGGUACGAGUUUCAAACUAAAAGCUCAACUUAAAGUGCACAUGGGAGUUCAUACUGGAGAGAAACCGUUCACAUGUGAUCAGUGCGGGACGAGUUUUGCACAAUCAGCAAAGCUGAAGAGACACAUGAGGAUCCACACUGGAGAGAAACUGCAUGAAUGUGAUCAAUGCGGAAAAACAUUUUUGUGGGAUUCAGGCCUGAGGAGUCACCUGAAUGCCCAUUUAAAGGAGAAAUCUCAUUCAUGUUCUUUGUGUGGAAAGAGAUUUUCACAUCUGCAGAAUUUAAAACAACAUCAAAAGAGACACAUGGCUAUAAAAGAAUAUAUGUGCUUUGAGUGUGAGAAGACUUUUGUUUCAUUUCCAGAACUAAAACAGCACGAGAGGAUCCACACUGGAGAGAAACCAUACAAGUGUUCACAAUGUGACAAGAGAUUCAGUCACUCAGAAACACUGAAAAGACACGAGAAGAUCCACACUGGAGAGAAACCUUACACAUGUGAUCAUUGUGGGAAGACUUUUAGACAUAAAGAUCAACUUAAGAUGCACAUAAGGGUUCAUACGGGAGAGAAACCAUAUCACUGCACUGCAUGUGAGAAGAGUUUCGCUCGAUCAAGUUCUUUACACAAGCAUACGAAAAAAAAUCACAGUAAAUAGAUUAUCUUCAGAUCUACCAUUCUCAGGUCUGACACCACAUCAUCACCAGACGUGACACAAUAAUGUGUUGAUCUAUCCAUUUGCUUCUGUACAAAUCAGUCCUAAUCAGCAUAACAAUUGACAGAGAAAAUAAACAUCAUCUCUUAAUUUCUAAACUGCAAA